AGCCGUUUCCGUGGGAACGAUGGCCUCCCUGGGCAUGCAGAUGCUGGCGAGCUCGCUGGCACUGCUGGGCUGGGCGGGUGCGCUGCUCACAUGCAUUCUGCCCAUGUGGCGGGUGACGGCCUACGUGGGCACCACCAUAGUCACCUCCGAGGUCAUCUGGGAGGGCAUCUGGAUGACAUGCGUGGCGCAGAGCACCGGGUAUGUCAUGUGCAAGCCGUACCAGUCCAUGCUGGAGCUGGGCACCGACCUGCAGGCCGCCCGGGCACUAAUGGUUUUCGCCUUGCUCAUGGCCAGCGGCGGACUCCUGCUCGCCUUCGUCGGGGGCAAGUGCACCCGCUUCCUGGACGGCCAGGACCGGCUCAAGGCCCGGGUGUUGCUCGCCGCCGGAGUGGCGCUGAUCGUCGCCGCGGUCCUGUGCAUCAUCCCGGUGUCAUGGACCGCUGCGGUGGAGGUGCAGAAAUUCUAUAACCCCCAGAUGUCAGACUCUCAGCGUCGAGAACUCGGGGCUGCAGUGUACAUCGGGUGGGGGGCUUCCAUCCUCUUCUUCCUGGCGGGGGGAAUGUUCUGCGGCUCGGCCUGCUCUCGGAAGCCCUCCGAGAACAACACGCCCGCCGUGAAGUACGUCCUUGUGCGCUCAUCCAUUAACGGCAGCUCCAGACACACCCCAGGCCCGUCCGUCCGUUCCCUCCCAGAGGGCAGCCAGUGGGGCAGGCAGCCCAUCACAAUGGCGAAGCUCCCCAGCCAUGCACCCUCCGUGGGGUCCAACUACAGCAAAGCGCCCUCCACCAAGUCCCAGCUCGCUAGGCCUAUGUCACCCCAGUCCGAGGUGAGUGAGGGGCCCUCCACCAAGUCCCAGCUCCCUAGGCCUAUGUCACCCCAGUCCGAGGUGAGUGAGGGGCCCUCCACCAAGUCCCAGCUGCAGAGGGCAAACUCCACUAAGAGUGUGGAGUCUCUGACCAAGUCCCAGCUCAAUGACACAGCUCCAUUCACAGAUGAGCCACCAAUGACUCCUACAAAGACUUACAUCUGACUGACAGCAUUUUCUUCAAGGCACUGCCACAUUAUAUUCUAGUUAAAAUCACCCUGAUUGGAUCAGUUGUGCACUUGGACUUUGUACUCUUCUUGCGGGCCAGUCAAGAGUAAAAAUAUAUAUUUAAAAUGAAGCUGUUGAAAUGUAUAUGUUUUUCUUAAUGUUCAAAUGUAUGUCUAGUAAAAUGAAGGAAAGAUAAUUUAUGUAAUUUCACAGUGCUCGUGUGUUCCUUUGAUGUGUAAAAAAAUGAAUGUGAAUUGUGAUCUUGAUGUUAUUACUUUUUCAGUUAUUGAAAUGUGAUCCUGAAAUAGUUCUUAGAAAAUGUGUUCUGAAAUGUUAUCCUGCAGCUAUUUGAAUGCUCAUUUUGAUGUUAUCCAAAUAAAAGUUUAUACAUUUCUAGAUA